AUGAUUCAUUCACAUAGUAGAAGUCGUAGUCGAAGUAGAGAAAAGUAAUUAAGACCCUAAGAGACCUGUUAACAUAAUCUAUAACAAAUCAAAAAGGUUUUUAUGGAUGUAAAAUUACAUUAUUAUAUUUACUCUAGGGUAGACCUAAUACUAAUCCAGAAGAUGUUAAAAGGUAUCGUCAAACUAAUCGUAUAUUCAUUAAAUCUGCUCAUUCCUUUAUUCCAGAUCCCAUACUUAAAUUUGAAGACGUAUAUUGUUUCCCCAGACCAUUAUAAGAAUUAAUAGUAAAGGCAGGAUUUCCAGCUCCAACUCCUAUUUAAGCAUAAAGUUGGUCUAUUGGAUUGACUGGUCAUGAUCUAAUAGGGAUUGCAUAAACAGGAUCAGGUAAAACUUUGGCAUUUCUAUUGCCAGCCAUAAUUCACAUUUUGGCAUAAUUGAAAUAAAAUUCAGAUCCAUAAUGUUUGAUAAUGGCUCCAACAAGAGAACUUACUCAUCAAAUUUAUGAAUAAUUCACUAAAUUUUCAGUUGGUUCUGGAUUAAAAGCUGCAUGUUUAUUUGGAGGUUAAGAAAAAUUUAUAUAAAAAAAUUAAUUGAAUUAACAUCCUCAUAUAUUAAUAGCAUGUCCAGGUAGAUUGAUUGAUUUAGUUGAAUCAGGAAGUACUACAUUGAAAGGUGUUACCUUUUUAGUAUUAGAUGAGGCAGAUAGAAUGUUAGAUAUGGGAUUUGAACCAUCAAUAAGAAAAAUAGUAGCUUAAACUAGAGCUGAAAGAUAAACAAUGCUAUUUUCAGCCACUUGGCCUAAAGAAGUCUAAUCAUUAGCUUUAGAUUUCUGUACACAAUAACCAAUUCAUAUAUAGAUUGGAAGUCUAGAUCUGACUAGCAAUAGAUAAAUAUAAUAAAAAGUAGUCAUCUUAACAAAGGAAUAAAAAGAAGAUAAACUAAAAGAAAUAUUGAGAUCUUUGGGUACUAGAAAGAUCAUCAUUUUCUGUUAGACAAAGAUCAAAUGUGAUUAAUUACAACUUUAUUUGAUUUAAGAUGGAUUAAGAUGUAAAUCAUUGCAUGGAGAUAAGAGACAAUCAGAAAGAGAUUUUGUAAUGAAUAGUUUCAAAAGAGGAGAUACUACAGUAUUGGUGGCAACAGAUGUAGCAUCUAGAGGAUUGGAUAUUAAGGAUAUUGAAUUUGUAAUUAAUUUUGAUAUGCCAAAAUUGAUUGAAGAUUAUGUACAUAGAAUUGGAAGAACAGGUAUUAAUAUUUAAUUAAUAAUAUUAUUAUAGGUAGAGCAGGAGCAUAAGGUGUAUCUAUUUCAUUAUUUGAUUCCUUUGAAGAUGUUAAAUUAGCAGGUGAUUUAGUUGGAGUACUUAGAGAAUCAUAAAAUGAAGUACCAGGUGAAUUAUCUCGUUUAGCUAAUGUGAAUAAUUAAGGUUAUACAAAUUAUCGUAAGUGGAAUGCCCCUUCUGGUAAAAUCCAGUAUUGCAGUUGA